AUGUUCCUGAACACGGCACUACUGUAUACUGUGCUUACGGGCUCAGCAAUAGCCCAAACCGAGACAAGACUACCUCGACAGCCACUAGGUGGAGGAGUGCAAAGGCUGACAUUCAACAAUACGGUCAGCUCCCCAAGGUUCAGGCCGCAGUCGACCUCAAUAUCGUGGAUCAGCUCAGAUGAGGACGGUGUUGGUGUAGUGCUCGACAACGAUGGAAAUUUGAGCUUAGAGAACUUUGUGACUGGAAAUGCUACCGUCUUGGUACCUGCUGAGCAGGUACCGUCGGAUUACUGGGAGUACUGGAUCCGUUCUGAUCUACAGAAGGUGCUUUGGGCGACCAACUACACCAAGCAAUAUCGGUACUCAUACUUUGCAAAUUACGAGAUUUUGGAUAUUGCCACUGGAGAGCUUACACCCAUCGUGGAAGACCAGGCUGGAGAUAUUCAGUAUGCUGAGUUUGCACCGACUGGCGAUAUGAUUGCGUUCGUUCGUGACAACAAUCUGUAUCUGCACAACAACUCUGAGGUAACUCAGAUUACGUUCAACGGUUCCCCUGAUUUCUUCAAUGGUGUGCCAGAUUGGGUGUACGAGGAAGAGAUUUUCGGUAAUCGAUAUGCUCUGUGGUGGAGUCCUGAUGCUACCUCCAUUGCCUAUCUUAGCUUCAAUGAGACAGGAGUUGGCACCUUCACAAUCCCAUAUUACAUGGACAACAUGCAAUAUGCACCGCCAUACCCUAGAGAGCUUGACUUAAGAUAUCCAAAGGUCGGCUCAACAAAUCCUACUGUGCAAUUUCACUUUCUGGAGGUCGAGUCAUUGGCCAACAUCACUGUACCUAUCAUCGCAUUCGAGGCAAACAAUACCGUUGUGGGAGAGGUCAAAUGGUUGACUGAAAACAGCACCACUGUCAUGUAUCGAGCCUACAACAGACAGCAAGACCAGGAGAGACAUGUGGUCAUUGACGUCGCCUCUGGUGAAUCCACGGUCACUCGUGAACGUGAUGGCACUGAUGGCUGGCUAGACAACCUUCUGGCUGUGACCUACAUAGGCGACGUCAAUGCUACGGAGUGGUAUCUGGAUGAGUCUGAUGCUAGUGGAUGGAAUCACUUAUACCUCUUCUCUUAUGACGGUGCUCAGAAUAUUAGCUUGACCUCAGGUGAUUGGGAGGUUCGCUCAAUUGCUUCUGUUGACACUACAAACCAGCUUGUCUACUACACAUCGACUCAACAACACAGCCUGUCUAGUCAUCUCUACAGUGUUUCAUAUCCUGAAGGGAUUGUCACACCGCUCGUGGACGAUACACAGCCUGGCUACUAUUCGGCCAGCUUUUCCGCCGACAACGAGUACUACCUACUUUCUUACCUGGGUCCUGAUGUGCCAUACCAAGAACUCUACUCUACAAAUUCAAGCACUCCAUUACGGACAGUCACAAACAAUUCUGCACUUUAUCAAAGACUUCAAAAUUACACACUGCCGAAUAUCACGUACUUUGAACUUCCUAUCGAGGGCACCGAGUAUACCAUGAACGUUAUGCAACGCCUGCCGCCAAACUUCGACCCUUCUAGGAAGUAUCCUGUCCUAUUCACACCAUACGGUGGACCAGGUGCCCAAGAAGCUUCCUACAGGUUUCAACCUCUAGAUUUCAAUGCCUACAUUGCGUCAGAUCCGGAAUUAGAAUACAUCACUUACACUGUUGACGGUCGUGGAACGGGUUACAAAGGUCGUGCCUUCCGUGCUGAGGUCACAGCGCAGUUGGGACUUUUGGAAGCGCAAGAUCAGAUCUCUGCAGCUCGCCAGCUAAUUGAUAUGUUUGACUACAUUGAUGCUGACCAUGUUGGGAUCUGGGGCUGGAGUUUCGGCGGCUACUUGGCAGGCAAGGUUGUUGAGGCAGACUCGGAUCAUCUGUUUAGCCUAGGGUUAUCUACUGCGCCUGUCAGUGAUUGGCGCUUCUACGACACGCUCUAUACCGAGCGCUACAUGAAAAUACUGUCCGAGAAUGAGGCAGGAUAUAAUCAGACCGCCAUACGAAACACGACGAACUUCAAUUCAAUACCAGGCAAGUUCGCAAUCAUGCAUGGUACAGGUGACGACAACGUACACUACCAAAACACUGCUGCCCUCGUUGACCUCUUGAUAGGCGAAGCUGUUAGUCCUGCCAAGUGGCAGAUGGUGGCCUUUACAGAUUCUGAUCACUCCAUCGCGUAUAAUGGAGCAAGUCAAUGGAUAUAUCGAUAUUUGAGCAAGCAGCUGUACGAGGAGAAGAAUAGGAAUGUGACGGUAGCUCCUCUUGUACAUCAAUGGAAGAGAAGAGGUGUGAGUGAGGAAAUUACAAGAGAAGUUAGGUGGAGAGCUUGA